AAAGUUUGUAAAAUUCGUAGUGCGGAAUGCGAUUGUUCGUUCGAGGACAAAUCACGCCUAAAUUUACAUAAAUCACGUUCGGACUCGUCACACCCAACGCAUCACAAUGUCAACGCUGCUGGCUCGCUUCCGCGGGUUCCUUCCCUCUGCGACAGCGGCAGCCCUUCAACGGCAACCUCUCCGAUUCGGAAGUGCCACGGCGGCGGCCAAGCUCCAGGAGCUGGCCCUCGAGGAGAACUGCAUUCUGGUGGACGAGUCGGACCGUGUGCUGGGAAACGCCUCCAAGCGGGACUGCCACCGGGUCGAUCCGGACGGGAACAUCCGACUGCAUCGGGCCUUCAGCGUGUUCCUGUUCAAUUCCCGGGGCGAGAUGCUGCUGCAGCGACGGUCCACGCACAAGAUAACCUUUCCGGAUUGUUACACGAACGCGUGCUGCAGCCACCCGCUGCACGACAUCGAGGGCGAGCGGGAGGAAUUGAACGCGCUCGGCAUACGGCGAGCGGCCCAGCGCCGGCUCAACUACGAGCUCGGCAUUCCACUUAGCCAGGUCCGCCCGGAGAACUUCCACUUCCUGACGCGGAUCCACUACGCCGACCGGGGCGACGGCGUGUGGGGCGAGCACGAGAUCGACUACAUUCUGUUCCUGCAGAAGGACGUCGACCUGAAGCCGAACGAGGGCGAGGUCAGCGAGAUCCGGUACAUCGCGCGGAACGAGCUGGACCAGCAGAUCGCCUCGCUGGAGGCACCCCUCACACCGUGGUUCCGGCUCAUUCUGGCCCACCGGCUGCCACUCUGGUGGGACAACCUGCACCGGCUGAAGAAGCACGUGAAUCUCGGCGAAAUUGAACGAUUCUAACGAAUGUUUUUUUUUGUGAAAUGUGCAACCUUUAUAGUGACAAACCAGGCCAGUUUUGUACAAUUUCUCCUCUUUUUUAUAUAUUCUAGCAAUGCUCAAUUAGUCUUCUUCUUACCUCCUAAGUAUUCGUGCUGGUCAAACCAAAGUAUGAAUAAAGUCAGAUUUCCAUCACAUUGUAAACUGUAA